GGGAAUCCACAGACUGGGACUUGGAGGGGAUUUCUGAGUGGGGAAAGUGAAAGUUCCAGGCCAUAAAUAGAGGGAGGCCCCAGCUUCCUCUGGCUGCCACACUCACGUUCCCAGAUCCCUUCACACCCUGCACUUGCCAGCUGAGCCUUGACUUCACAGGGACUCUGCCCAGUUCACUAGCUCACAGCUCGCCAGCAGUCAGCCUUCCGCUCACUCUCCAUGGCAUUCCAGACAGCCUCACUGCUGGCCGUCAGCCUGCUGAUCCUCUGGGUCUCCCCUGGAUCCCUGUAUCUUGACACUAAUCCCACCCUAGCUCUGGGAGGUGCCAACGACGCUGAAGACUGCUGCCUGUCUGUGACCCAGCGCCCCAUCCCUGUAUUCCUGGUGCGAGCCUACCGCUACCUGCUCCUCAAGGAUGGCUGCAGGCUGCCUGCCGUUGUGUUCACCACGCAGAGAGGCCACGAGCUCUGUGCACCCCCAGACCAGCCAUGGGUGGGCCGCAUCAUCCGGAGACUGAAGAAGAACUCUGCCAGGAGAAGUGUUCCAGCAGUUACCCUAUGACAGCCCAGAGAGAGCACUGUGUUCCGGAGACAGAAUGUGAAUCACUGAAGCCCUGGGGAACCAAGGACCAGAAGGGAGAGACCAGGCCCCCUGCCCUCCUGCAUCAGACCUGGCCUGGCUGCAGCAGGGCAGGAGUGUCAUUGUGAGUGUGAGUGUGAGUGUGAGCAAGGAUGUGUGGUGAAGAUUGCAAUGUUUCCAAUAAAGCCCAGCUGGUCCGCACGA